AUGUCUAAAAUGGAAAGUGUUGUUGACUGGAACCCAGCUGUGGCCUUUACCAAGAUCAAAAUGAAGACAGUUGAUGACGAUCCAAGUCCUUCUAAGUUGCGCUACAAACGAACUAAACCAAGAAAGGCACCUAUUGACCAACUUUUUGAGGAAAGACACUAACUGAAGUACAAACUAUGAGAGUCCCAUAUUGGAUCCCGUCUGUAUGAACUCUAUCAACUCCAGCCGAGUGAUCGCAAAUAGUGACACCUCAGGGAUGAAGAUAGCUGAUUAUCUCAGUAUGCUUCAGAGGAAAAGCCUGGCAAAGUCAAGUAGAAAUUUAAAAUGAAAGAAACCUGAAUCUCUGAAUGUGUCAAAGGCUUAUCAAGUGCAGAGCCACAAGCAGAUAAAUUCUGCCAAAUCUCCGAUUUUCAAGACUUCAAUGACCGGAUCAAGCCUUGCUGAUAAAUCUAUGCAAGUUUAUUCCAGAUUCUGCAAAGAGAAAAGUGCCCGGUCCUUGGAUAAGGUUAGGGAGAAGAUCCAGCUCAAGAGUCUGCGUCAUAAUGAUCGAUAUGUUGAGAAAUUCAACCAGAGAGCCAUGCAGGAGGAAUAUGACAGCAAGACAAUGAAAGCUAAUAUCAAAAUUGUUGCUGAAGAUCCUUACAGAUACAUGAAUCUCAACUUCGCUAAUAAUGGAGAUAAAGCAGAUAGCUAUUUGGAAAAAAUCUCUAAUAGUCAUUCUCACAAUACUUUUGGCUGCAGGAAGAGAUCUCUUGAAGCAGUAAGCAUGAAGCAGCUCCCUCUGAAAGCGAUGAAUAAGGACAUUUCAUUUACAAUGAAGGAGAAGCCGUUUGAGCAAAAUCCUAGAUCGGUCUUGCACUUGUCGCAGCUGAAGCAGUCAUCGAAGGAGUCUGAUCAGAGCAGGAACCUUCUUAACUCCAGUAAGCAAUCACAGAAAACAAAGUUGGCUAUAUCCUCAGUGAGGAAGACCCACAACCCCAUCGAUGUACUUCUGGAGUCAAUUGAUGCGAAGAAGAAAGAAGUUAGGAAGCUCAUUGAAAAAUAAGAAAAUUCAGAUGCAAAAGGAGAAAAUAUUUGAAGAGAAGGUUAAACAGAAAGCUUUCAAGAGCUUCAGAGGGCCUCUACAAGACAAAUUCAUUGAUCAAAUCCGUCAAAAAGAUAGCCUUAUAGGAGGCCCAAGCUUUAUUGAUCAGUUUUCCAAGAUUAAUAGCAGAGUUGACAGCCUCAAGAUGAAAGGUCUCAGGAUCAUAAUUCAGCAGCAUCUUGAGAAAAAGAAUGCAGAGAAAAAGGAGAAGAUCAGGAAGACAGCUUCUGGGCGGAGACUGAGCCUUGUCCCAACCCAAUUAUAACUCUCCAGUCGAGGGCCUUUAGGAGAAUAGUCAGGUGCUAUUUUUAUCCGAUAUAAAUU